AUGUGUUCCAGAUUUAGAGCUGUAUGUGAAGAGCUGGGGCAUUUGCAGGUUCGUAUGAUUCGCCGCGAUGGAAAUCCAACGCAGCUUGUCGCUGAGGCCAUUGAACUGAUCCGACACAAUUGUGAUAUUAUUCAGCCACAAGAAAAAAAUUUACCAUAUGUUCCCUUGUUCCUGAGGAGUUGUGGCACUUUGCUCUCACGCGCAAACACGGAUCCUGCACAUGAAGCUCUGGAGUGUGCAGCGCGGCUUGCCGAGUCAUAUGUCGACGGCAAUCACGGCGAUGUAAAUGAGUCUGGGACGGUGCUUCGGUCGCUUGUGUUACUCUCACGUAAUCGAGAGAACUCUGCCAAGCAAUCUGGCUAUACCACCACACCAUUAUUUGUCUCACCUAUAAAGCCACUUGUAGCUGCAUCAUUCAAUAACACGAUGCAGAAAUGGCAGAAAAAUCAAAUACGACCACACACUUCAACUCUUCUCUCACUUCUUAGAGGUUCUGAUACUGUGUAUGGUGAAAAUUUUCACUUUAGUCCUGUCAGUGCUGAUAUUACCGGAUUGUUACCUAUAAAAGGGAAGGUGCAGAUGGAGGCGAAGGUACAAAAAUGUGCCCACUCUAGGUGCAUUCUCAGGGCGCUGCGUGAUGUACAACUCUCAAAAUUGGAUGCAGGCAUCUGUUUAAGCUCCAUGGCUGAGAUGGGUUUCUAUGAUGCCGAACUCUGCAACGCUUGUUGUGAAGUACUCUUCUCUACACACGCACUUGUCACGAGUCAACAAUUUGCACAGAUUAUAUACAGCUUAGGUAUUCUUCAACACCGGCAUAUACAUCAGAAAUUCUUCUCUAGCAUGGUUGAAUUCCAAAAAUGCAACGCGGAGGCUGUGCGACAGCAUGUAGUUGGUCUUGCAAUGCUUCGACAGCCGCCACCCAACGAACGUAGUCUGAUGGAUGGUAUUUUUCUACAUGCGCUACGUCCCACUGAUCCACUAGAGUUUAAUUCAUCGCCAGAUGAUGCACUGACACCAGAGUGGUAUUUAUGUGUCGGCCACGCACUGGCCUGUCUGGACAUCACACACUUUAAGUAUCGUCUGAUGAUGGCACGGACGCUUCGAAGAUGCAUUGGUAACAUGACAACGCAACAACGCUGUAAAAUGCUAUACAGUUUGGGUAACAUACCAUUAGAGUCGGUUCCGGAGGAACUAAAGCGGUCGUGGACAGGAAAGGUUGUAAGAACAAUAGGUGUACUCACGGAACGACUACGCUACGAUGUUGAUCCAUCCGAUGGCCCAUUCGUUAUGAACACGCUUUUGGCUGUUGGAGUACACGAGCACCCAAUGAUUCCACAGCAACCUAAUUUAGAGUCCGGUGAAAACCCUGUGGAGGUGCUGCUUCGUACUUGGGCAACAUCACCGAAGGAACGUGUUCUUCACCUGACAGAGCAGAUACGACCACGUCAUUUAGGUGGCGAGCCUACAGCUACGCUGUCUCACCUCUUUACUGUUAUUGCAAGCAGCUGUGGCGGUUCGCAGAUUGAUUCGUAUCGCUUCAGCCCCUUGUGUGACGCCGUUAGUAGCCAUGUUGGCGAUAUGAACGUGGAGGAAACCCUCAGCACGAUUGCGGCCAUGCAGUGUAUUGGAAUAGGAGAGCAAUACCGAAACGUGUUGGUGACGCUGUUGGAGAAUUUGUGGAGAAGACGGGGCGACAUGACGCCCGAGAGCCAGGCCAGGUGUUGCCGUCUGAUGGAGAACCUGGGACACUUGGAUAUCGCAGUAGAGUUGCUUGAGUACAUGGCAUCUGUGUAG